UUCGCAUUGUGCGAGGCUCCGCUUUUUGCGGCGAACUCCUUACCAAACGUCUUAUUUCUGCUCGUCUUUUUCCCUCUUCUGAUUUGGGCUCAAUUUGGACCAUUUAUUACUGAAAGAGCUAUGGAUUGGAAGAGGGUUUUCUUCCUGCAGGCCAUCGUUCUCGUUUUCAUCACAGAUCUAGUUGCAGCGGAUCCUUUCAUCUCCGAUGGUCUUCUGCAGGGACAUGGAUCUACAAGUCGGAGUCUCUUGCAGGCCAAAACAAGUUGCCCCAUAAAUUUUGAGUACAUGGACUACAAUAUCAUCACAAAUAAGUGCAAAGGACCCCAAUAUCGUCCUGAACCUUGCUGUUCAGCCUUCAAGGAAUUUGCCUGCCCUUAUUCAGAGCAGCUUAAUGAUCUCACAAAUGAUUGUGCCACCACCAUGUUUAGCUACAUAAAUAUCCAUGGAAAAUAUCCUCCCGGCCUUUUUGCUUACGAAUGCCGCGAAGGGAAGGACGGUCUCGACUGUUCCAAUUAUGUCAUCAAAACCGACAACUCUACAAGCUCGGCCAGCAUGAUUCGAAGCAUCUCCCCUGUAAUAGCUACUGUUUUGGGAGUUACUGUGGCUUUGCUCGUUUAUGGAAACUGAUGGUAACUCGACGUUUCCUGGAGAUUCAUUAUAACAACAGGUUCAUUAAAUGGUGACUUGUGAGGCUUGGGUUUUUCAAAUGAGAUUAAUUGUUAACAUGUAUUCAAAGUGAUUCAGCUGGUACAAGCCUUUUUCUGGGAAAAGAAGUGUAUACUUUGUUGUUGGUGUUGUUUGUGGAGUUAUUACUUUAAACUCGUUUCAGUGGGGAUGUUUAUGUUAAAUUAAAGUGGGGUUUCUUAA